UUACCAUUGUUAUCUCGAAAAACACAAUACUUCACACACUGAUUUGAUCACAAAACUAGUUGGAUAAUUUUUGACCCAAACAAUACUAAUAUUUUUGAGGUUUUAUUCCCGCCAAAAUUAAACGAAAAAGCACACUGCGACCGAAAACCCUGGAGACGAAGACGAUGAUGAGUUUCGGGAAGCAAAAAUCAACGAGCGAAGGCCAAAUGACACAGAUCUUGGCUAAAUACUUCCCUCAGAUCGAUUAUUCUCAUGGUGACGGAAAGAACAAGAUGCUACUCACUUCCAAACUUCAUGACAAUUUUUUCUCUAAACCUCACGCAUCAGACAUCAUCUCUCAGGUAAAGAAAGAGGACACAUUGUUCAUUUUGCCACUUGAUUUUCAACAUUUUCGGAAAGUAUGCACGCUAGAAGAAGUUUACGACGUUUUAGAAAGAAAACCGAAAGAAGCUCUUAUUUGCAUGAGUGCUGCAGUACACAAGGUCCUUUAUGAUUUAAACGUUGAAGAAUGGGACGAAAGUACAAAGGUAAACAUCCGCUUGCACAACCACCCCGAAUCAAUGAUUGCUUUGAAGAACCUCAAGGCAGCUUACAUUGAACGGCUCGUUUCCGUGCGUGGCACUGUGAUAAAAGUUAGCACCGUCAAGCCGUUGGUGGUACGAAUGAGUUUCGUAUGUACCAAAUGCGGGACUACGAUCGCACGUGACUUCCCUGACGGGAAAUUCUCACCUCCUUCGGUUUGUGUAAUACAUGGAUGCAAAAGCAGAAGUUUUAACCCGAUUAGGUCCAGUGCACGACCAAUAGACUUCCAGAAAAUAAGAAUUCAAGAGUUGCUGAAAUCCGAACAUCAUGAAGAAGGCCGAGUUCCAAGAACUUUGGAAUGCGAAUUGACCGAAGAUCUUGUAGACCUUUGUAUCCCCGGAGACAUUGUGACUGUUACCGGUAUAAUACGGGUGAUUAACAAUUACAUGGAUAUAGGAGGAGGAAAAUCAAAGGGCAAGAAUCAAGGAUUAUAUUACUUGUAUUUAGAAGGGAUUUCGGUUAAAAACUCCAAAUCACAGUCUGAGCCUGAGAAUUCGCAAGAUACGGAAAACGUGACUAAAGCUACAGACUUGCUGGAUUUAUAUUCUUUCAGUCAAAGGGAUUUAGAGUUCAUUUGUAAAUUUACUUCAGAGCAUGGUUCAGAUGUGUUUCGUCAAAUGCUGCAGUCAAUUUGCCCCUCCAUCUAUGGGCAUGAACUUGUUAAAGCUGGAAUAACAUUGGCACUGUUUGGAGGUGUAAGGAAGCAUUCAAUGGAUCAGAAUAAAGUUCCCAUUAGAGGAGACAUUCAUGUGAUAAUUGUCGGCGAUCCUGGACUAGGAAAAAGUCAACUACUGCAAGCAGCAGCUUCGGUUUCACCACGAGGUAUAUAUGUUUGCGGGAAUGCCACAACAAACGCUGGCCUCACUGUUGCGGUGGUCAAAGAUUCAAUGACCGGUGACUACGCUUUUGAGGCAGGUGCGAUGGUACUAGCAGACAGAGGAUUGUGCUGCAUAGAUGAAUUUGAUAAAAUGUCUGCAGAACACCAGUCUCUACUAGAAGCUAUGGAGCAACAGUGUGUCUCCGUUGCCAAAGCAGGGCUCGUAGCAAGUUUAUCGGCUCAAACUACGGUUUUAGCAGCUGCAAACCCCGUUGGUGGCCAUUACAACCGGGCGAAAACUGUGAAUGAGAAUUUGAAAAUUAACGCUGCUUUGUUAUCGCGAUUUGAUUUGGUAUUCAUAUUGCUUGACAAGCCUGAUGAGCAGCUUGACAAACAAGUUUCUGAACACAUUAUGUCGCUGCAUGCUGGCAUUGGGGAUAGUUCACAAACUGUGAAAAAACUUACGGCAUCUCAAAGUAUUAGAAGCACGGAUUUCUAUGUGAAAAGUAAUUCAUUAGUCUCGAGGUUAAGACUUGAUCCCAAAAAGGACAGGGAUUUUGUUCCUUUGCCAGUCCCGCUUCUCCGCAAAUAUAUCGCGUAUGCAAGAACUUAUGUCUUUCCAAGGAUGUCAAGAGAAGCAGCUAAAAUCCUGCAGGAGUUCUACCUAAAACUUAGAGACCGCAACACGUCUGCUGAUGGCACACCGGUAACCGCAAGGCAAUUAGAAAGUCUAGUAAGAUUAGCACAAGCGCGUGCCAGGGUGGAUUUGAGGGAAGAAAUAACUGUGGAAGAUGCUAUGGAUGUUGUUGAAAUAAUGAAGGAAUCGUUGUACGACAAAUAUGUUGAUGAGCACGGAUUUGUGGAUUUCGGUCGAAGCGGUGGGAUGAGUAAUCAAAAAGAAGCCAAGCGGUUUUUAAGUGCGCUGAACAAGCAAUCAGAGUUGGAACAGAAAGACUGCUUUUCUAUAUCGGAAAUAUACAUUUUGGCUGAUAGGAUUGGGUUAAUGGUUUCAGACGUUGGCGAGUUUGUGGAAAAUUUAAACAAUGUUGGCUAUCUGCUUAAAAAGGGCCCAAAAACAUAUCAGGUGUUGUCUUCGUCUUAUUCAUCAUCAAGGUCAACACGCUAGUUCGGGAGAGCUUAAUGUUCUUGGUCAACAUAGUAAAAUUUGCAAAUUUUAACUGCAAUAUAUUCAGGUAUCUGAAUGCGAAUUACUGCAAGAUUACAUGGUCCAACUACAUUAACUGAAAUUGGCUUCCUAAGUAAUAUAUGUAAGAUUACAUGUAAUGCUACUCUGAGUCGUGCGUCGGACGAUUAAAUGUUGAGCCUGCUGCUGUCAGUGGUGAAGCUUGAGAUUUUCGACCGGGGGGUCAAAAACAUAUAUACCCAAGAAUUUAUAUACGAAAACUACAUACUCUCCACUACUGAGCGAAAAGUUCGGGGGAUCGGAUGCCCCCACUAUGCUACGCCCCUGGCUGCUGUCAAGUUACAUUAAGCAACUGAUAUAAGCUUCUGAUGUUAACACCCUUGUUUUCGAUUUUGGUACAAGGUUUACAAUUACAUAAGAGUUGUUUAUAUAA